AUGAAUCUUCCUGGAAGCCUCGUUCACCGCCAUAUGCUCCAAAUCGUCGAGUCCGCCACCACAUACGUCCCGGUUCCUUGGAUCAGAGAACAACUUCUCCGACGAAAAGGUCUCCAGCUUCACCAGGUAGCUGGAAUCUUCCACCAUCAAUCUAUCCUCAACUCCUUCGCCAUCGCCGAGACUCUCGUGGAGCAAGACCGAUUCGAUGAGGCAGAGGAAAUCCUGCAAAUCAUCAUUCGGGGCCUACGAGCCGUCAAACAGCUAGAAUCGGUGCACGACAAAGCAAUAGAGCUUCUUGGCUCUAUCUACAAGACAUGGUACCACCGACUGUUUCUGGACGACGAUGUUUUGCUUCCCGACAAUGUUGAUGUCGAAGCAACAAAAAUACUGGAAUCGUUUAUUUCUCUCCACCUCGACCUCUCAGAUAUGCCAUCAGCGUCAUGUCUGGACAAUCUUGGCAGGGUUCUGGCUUGGGCGGGCCUGGACAAGGAUGCCGAACAAGCCAUGACCUUCAAGAUGCUGCUUCUCAGAAUGAAGAGCGAAAGCGGGACUCGAGAGUCAUUCGGAUGCUGCGAUAUCUGCGACCAGAACAUACCCUUGGAAGUGGCGUACUUCUGCCGCAUGUGCGAGAGCAUGAAUGUGUGCCAACGCUGCUACGAGGCGAACCUUGGAAAUGCGGCCUGCAACUUGGCCAGUUGCUUUCCUCAUCUCAUCAAAGUGGCGCCUGAACCAACCACCGAAAACAUUGCCGGGCAGAUACAAGCCUGGCUUCCCCCUGUCUUGGAUACUAUCCGUUCUUGGAACUUGGAAACAGGAACCGAGAAGGAAAUGAUGUCUCCAAAGCGACUCUUCUCGCCCGACGACUUGCAGACAGCAGUACGGUUGUGCGACGAUGUCGAUGCGGACGACCGUGAUUUCAUCAGUCUGCUUUCGGUUCUUCACGCGGUCUUGAUGCAGAGCGUCCAGACUGAUGAGUUCAAGACGCUCUUCCAGGCUCAGGAAGGUCCGAAUGUGCUGUCCACCAUCGGCUUGCUAGCCAUGGUUAGCAACACGAGAUCUGGACUUACUCUGAAGUAUCAGGAUGCAUUUUGCGGCGAUGGCUUUGACGAGUGGGAUGUUCCCAGUCUACUCCCCGCAGAAGCCGAAAAUCUCGACUUGGAAGAUAGCGAGAUGGCAGACGAAUACGGGCAGGCUCUCGCUCAAGUGGCUUCCCGUGUGAUUCGGCUGGCACGCCCGAGAGACAGGGGAUCGCUCAAGCCAUCCAAGGAGAUCCAACACGGUAACUCGGUCGCCGAGAAAGGAAACGCCCUACAAAAGAAGCGUGUUGUUCCGCAAGAACUGUACGGCACUUUGGACCUCCACUCAAAUCCCAAUGCGAUCCGUCUCGUGGAACUGCUUCCUGGGACGGGCAAGGAUCCUAUUCGGUGCAAUUUGCGCAUCGAGUCCCGAACCGAUGAACAACUCUCGUACCAGGCGCUGUCAUACGUCUGGGGCAAUCCAAAACCAGAGGAGCUGGUCAACAUCGAAAUCGGUGGUCAGCCGGCACCCGUCACGCCCAACCUUUACUCUGCGCUCUCAUAUCUACGUCUCGCGUCGGCCUCAAGGCUCCUCUGGAUUGACGCUCUAGGCAUCAACCAAGCAAAUACCGAGGAGCGGAAUUUGCAGGUCGCCAAGAUGGCCACGAUCUACCAGAGAGCAUCUGCUGUUCUGAUAUUUCUCGGCGAGGAGGAGAGCAGCAAGAAACGCAGCGAGAAUCUAUCCUAUGCGGACUUGUUUACAUUCCUCAACAGAGAGGUGGACAUUUAUGGCAUCCACGAAGAUGAUGAUUGCGACAAAAAGGAACAAGAACAGCAACGGUUCAGACGGGCGCUCCAGGAGACGGGCGUUCGGAAGGUUUCCUUGCUCCGGACCUUCUAUCAUCUUUGUUCCAGAGAGUGGUGGAAUCGUCUAUGGAUCUUGCAGGAGUACGCCAUCGCUUCGACAGAUCCCAUCUUCAUGCUCGGAACCUGGCAAACAAGUGGAAGUGCUCUGCUGAGAGACAUGGACAUGCUCGCAAACGAGCAUCGGAGAGCGUUCAGACAGGAAGAAACAAGGAUCCUGUUGUACAACUCUACGCCUUACUAUCCCAUGACGCAGGCGUCGGGUGUGCUCAAUUGCCGUCCAGCCAGGACUGACGGAUUUGAGUACAAGUCUUGGUUGUAUCCGCUACUCAUCUCGACCCAUUCUUGGUGCAUGGACCGUCGAGAUAUCAUUUAUGGACGCCACGCUCUGAUGCAUCCUGUGUUACAACAACUCCUUCGGCCGGACUACAGCCUCACCACAGAGGAGCUUUACGAAAAGGUGGCUAUUUGGCUUCUCAUGUUUGAGAGAGGUAUCAGCAUGUUUUGGGACUUCCCGGUGCGUCUGUCGCCAGACCUACCGUCGUGGGUUCCCGACUUCUCCAAGCCACGGCAAAUGUCCGACGUGGACAUGAAGUGGGAAGUCUACGAAGAGAAACUCUGUUUCGAUCCCUAUCCGACCAUCUACAAUGGGGAAAUGGCCCUCUACGGUCGUCCUAUCGACACUAUCAGGGAGGUUUUCCGGUUACGCCCACAAUCAGAAGACUUCAGGGCCGAUCUUGUUCGAAGGCUAUGGUUCUUGGACCUUGGUCUAUCAACUCUCGGCACUCGCUAUCCGCUGUGGCAGAGACACUCCUUGUCCGCCAAGCUCCCCGGGCUGUACACUGAGCAGCCUUUACACGCAUGGUGUACGAGUGCGGAGUCCAGCCGGGACACCAGCUCCUCGACAUUCCUCCUCGACAAUGUAACCAUGAAAAUGUUGGAAGAGGUCAUCCACAGUAUUGUCAGCCCUGUGAAGGAAAAGGUGGACAGAGAGAAGGCCAUUGCAGACUGUAUGGCGCCCAUCAUGGGAAAGACAGGCAAGACACCACCCGCCUUUGAGAGGGCUCGUGAAAGCCUCAAACGGCUCUCUCUGAAGCUGGGAUCCAUCAAGGGGUUUCUUUUGAACACGGAUACUACUCGUCCUGACUUUCUCGGGGCGACAUUCUUCGACUUUGACCGGUUAGCCGACAGCCUGCAGUGUCUACGCACGCCAUCGUUGGACGAGCCGACUGGCAUCAAUGCCCCUCAGCGCAGGUUUGUCAAUGCCAUACUGAAGAGAGUACGAGGAGGCACACAGAGUGGUAGUAUCAUGUACCGCGAUGGGAAGAUGAAGGGCAACCAAAGCAAUGACCCGGUCACUCCCUUCCCGGGACUUCCUCUGCCCAACUAUGGGGCCAUUCAAAGCUGGGUUGAGAAUGACACUGCAUUCACGGAAGAAGUGGAGCUCAUUUCUACCUUACUCCUUCAAAUUGCACAAAGGGUCAAGGAGAAUGACUCCGACGUCUUUCAAGACACAUUCAAUGAGUUGGAACAAGUCACGAUACUGGAUUUCCUUGAGGACAAGAAGCUGAAGGAAUGGGUCGUCACCUUUAACAAACUCCGGCAACAGUACUCGAGUCGUUCCAGCAUUCGGAGGAGUGUGGUUCGCUCUGAAGGAGCCCGGUUGUUUGAAGAUCGGGCAUUUUUCAUCACAAAUUCAGGCUUGGUCGGCGUGUCAGGGAAUGGCACUGAGGGUGUUGCCGUCGGCGAUGAGGUCAUCAUGUUGGACGCUGCACCCAUGCCCAUGGUUCUUCGAGGUGGCAAGGGCAGUGGCAAAGCACAACACGAGAUUGUGGGAUACGCGCAUGUGCGGGGACUGGAGCCAUCGAGGGUUCUGGAUCUGCCUGAGCAGUGGUGGCCAGAGCUGCGGUUAUUCAAGAUUGUGUAG